AAAGAUUGGAAAAAGAGCAGCAGGCAAGAGUUCCUUCUGUAUUUUCCACAUCACCAAUUCAACCUGAAAAUUGCUCUGUUGAAUACUUAAAAAAGAGGCCAUCAAGACAAAAACAGGUCUCUACAUAUACAGAAACAUCUUUUGAUGAAUCUGAUUACACAGACUAUAGUGAUGCUGAUUAUAUUCCAGACUCUGAAGGAAGUUCCUCUCAGAAAGACGAAGAUGUGCCUCUUAAUCCAAUUGCAAAGAAGCCUCUGCCUUCUCUGCGAUACCCCCAUUUAUCGCCAUCAAAACAAGAUAUUUCUUCAGAAAUUUCAGUGAAUAGAAAUGUUACCAUUAGUCCUAAGAAGAAGAUCUCUGAAACUCCAAGAAAGAGAAGGUUCUUAUCCCAAAGUGCAACAAAUAGCAAUGAAAGUACACCAAAGAAAAGCAGAGUUUAAGAGAUUUCGGACUCAAUCAGAGUGUUACCACCUUUAAAGUCUGGAAAUCGCCGUGUGUAUAAUAAGAGAAACUAUUGUCUGUAUUGUCUCCAACCCACAUCAAAACUUGCACGACACCUGGAGGCUGUACAUAAAAAUGUAGAAGAGGUUGCUCUUGCCUUUCAAUAUCCCAAAAAUUCAAGAGAGAGACGCAAUAGGUUGAACAUGCUUAGAAGACGUGGAAACUUUGCCCAUAAUGCCAGUGUGGUCAAGAGGGGAGCCGGUGAGCUCCAGGCCUGCUAUAGACCAAGGAAAUCCAGGGGUGCCAUUGAUUUCAUUCACUGUUAUCACUGCCAAGGACUCUAUGCUAAGAAAACACUGUGGAAGCACAUGAGAAGAUGCCCAGCAAAGAAAGAAAGUAAUGAAGACUCCAAGAAUGGGAAGCAGAGAGUUCGAUCCAAAUGUGCACUGAAAACUGCUGUUGCUCGUGACAUUGGAGAGGGUUUGAAAACUGUUAUUUCCUGUAUGAAAUAUGAUGAAAUUACUCAAUUAAUUCAAAAUGACCAACUUCUUCUGCAGUUUGGACAGCACCUGUAUGAUCUGAAUGGCUCAAGAAAGAACAGACAUGACUACAUAAGGCAAAGGCUUAGGGAACUUGGGCGACUGCUUCUUACGACUCGGAAGAAUACUGCCAUUCAAAAGGCAGAGGAACUGAUUUAUCCUGCGAACUUCAAUCAUUUGAUAUCUGCAGUGAAAGAGUUGGCUGGGUACAAUCCAGAGGGAAAUACCUUCCAGAAACCUUCCUUGGCUCUAAAAAUUGGCAACAAUCUGGGAAUUAUCUCUGAGCUUGUUGAGACUGACAACUUGUCCUCAGAAGACGGAGACCCAAGCCUUGUGCAAUUUGCCCGAGAAUUUAGGAUGAUCAAAAAUUUUAGAUGGAAGGGACUGAUCACCAGAGGUGCAACAACAACUAUGAAGGAGUCCAAGUGGAAUGCACCACAGAUUUUACCUUUGACAGAUGAUGUCAAAUGUUUGGAUAGUCAUAUGGAGACUGUUAAAGCUGGUGCUGAAAAAGUACUGAGAUUGACGCCCACUCCAUACCACUAUGCAAUGCUUGCCAAAGUAACACUUGCUCAAGUGAUCAUUUUUAACAGAAGAAGAGAAGGAGAGGUAUCACGAAUGGAGUUGUCCACCUUCAAAGAUAGAAAAAAGUCAGAAAUCAAUGUGGACAUGACUGCUUGCCUGACCCCACUUGAGAACAAAAUGUGUGAUUUCUUCACCAGAGUAGAAAUCCGUGGAAAACGAGGGAGAGGCGUUCCUGUUCUCUUAAAACCAUCCAUGGUCUCUGCAAUGGAGCUCCUUGUGGAAACGCGUGAAUCUUGUGGUGUCCCCAAAGAGAACAUCUACAUGUUUGCUAGACCAGGAGCUUUAUCUGCCUAUCGAGGAGGAGACUGUAUCCAGAUGUUUGCAAAGGAGAGUGGUGCCAAACACCCUGAAUUCUUAACAUCAACAAGGCUCCGAAAGCACAUAGCAACAAUGUCACAGGUGCUUAAUCUUCAAGAAAAUGAAGCAGACCAACUAGCAGACUUUCUGGGUCAUGACAUCCGUGUGCACAGGCAGUAUUACCGCUUGCCUCAGGGAACCCUUCAGCUUGCUAAGAUGAGCAAAGUGCUUUUGGCAGUGGAGAACGGAACUCUUUCACAUUACAAAGGCCAAACACUCGAUGAUAUUGAAAUUGACCCUGAAGAAAAAGUUGAUUUGCAAGAUCUGGAUUCCUCAAGCGAUGAGAGUGAGUCUCUUCAUUCAGCUAUGGAGACAACAAAUACACAAGAAACUGAGACAACAGAUCAGGAUGAAGACACUGGACCAGGGACUUCUUCAGGUCCAACAACUUGUUACCAUCCUCCCUUGAAAAAGGGCAACCAAGGUAACUCCAAACGUAAGUGGGAAGACCGUGAGGUACGUGCAGUUGAAAGACACAUGAUGCGUUUCAUCCACACAUGCAAGGUGCCUCAGAAGCUGGACUGCAUUCGGUGCAUCAAUGCAGAACCCUAUGCACUCAAAGACAGAACCUGGACUGGGGUAAAAAAUUACGUUAGAAAUCGCAUUACUGCCUUGAAGAGAAGAGCUUGUGCAAAGGACUGAGAGCUGUUUGUUCAUUUUCAGUUCCAUUUAAGUUCUCUGUUUUUCAGGUAAAAUGGUUCGGAAUAUGUUUUGAACAAUUUUAGGCUCAGUGAUUAGGUGUAUUUUUACCUCAAGCCUUUCCUCAUUCUGAGGGGUUACAAAAAACAAAAAACUUUUUUUAAGUUGACAGUUUUUAAACUUAGUUUUCAUUAUGUAUCCACAUCAUGUUGAAUGUAUUUGGAAGCAAAGUUCUUAUUUUAUUAAAGUUUGGUUGAAGCAGGCACUCAGUGGUCCACAUGUAUUUUCUUUUGUAGUACGUUUCUGUACAUGUAUAGUGUGCAUGUUAACUGCUAAAACAGAGUUGUAACAAAAGCCACAGAACAUUUAAAUUAUUCUAUGGCACAACAAGUUGGACAGAGCUGUAAUUUCUUCAAAACAAAUAGAGACCUGACUUUGAAGUUCUGGCAAGCCCCUUGCAUGUUGUCAAAUUAGCAAACUGAAUUGUGAAAUAAUUACUGUAGGAUUGGAUAGAAAAAUAUGACCUUUUACAUUGUG